UAAGAAUAUGUUUAUUAGAAACACAUGAAAAUUGAGCUAACUGGGGGAAUGGGGUAGAAAUUGUUAAAACACAAAAAGAUUUUACACAAUACAGCUGAUGGUCAUAUCUUGUCACUAUCAAUUAUAUAUAAUGUAAGUUUUGUGGGUGCUAUUUUUUUUGGAAUUACAUUUUUAUAAACUUUCUACUGAAGUGUUAACAUACAUAUAGAAAAGUGGGAUUUGCAUUUCUGAGUCACUAGAGUCACAUAGCUGUGACUGCCUUCAUUUCUGUUGUGACCCAAAAUACUUCCUAAAAAUUGUGAACUUAAGUGAUAGAACACUCUCAAGUUUACUUACACCGUCCAGCAUCAGACUUAGUUCUGAGUAAUGCUUAGAACAUUGCACAACAUUUUAUACUAGCCAAUGCUUUAUAAUUCUUGAACACAACAAGUUGACAAGUUGGAUUAAAAUUGAAGUUCAACCAAGACCUUUCAGGUUAUAUUUUUCUAUUCAUUUCAAUACAGGUUUGAAACUUACAAUAUUCUUAACAACUGUGUUAACUACAAAGAAUAAAAAGAUUUUGCAACCAAGAGUUGGAAUGCAAACAAUUUUUGAGAUAGGGAUCAAAUUGUGUUUAUAGACAUCACUGGCAGCUUUACCAUCAGUCAUUUCCUGUGGGAAUAUUUCACUGGAACAUAAUUUUAUGCCUUGAUUAUUCAUUAAAUAGCUUUGGUUCUAUGAAAUAAAAAUAGGGUAGAACUAUAAAUAGUAACAUAUGUGAAUUAAAGUAUAACAUUUCAUUGUAUUUUCCUAGAUGAGAAUUAAGAUUAUUUAAUAAAUUAUUUUCUUACACAUCACUGAAAGAUUUUGAAACAACACCAAUAGAGUAUGGUCUAGUGGAGCGUUAGGCAAUAGACUGGAAAUUAAAGUCAGUUGUUUCCUUCAAAUUAAAGUUGACAUUAGUUUUAAAAUAUUAAUUCUUCAUAUGCCAUGUAUGUUAUACUCUAUGAGGAAUACAAAAGUCAAUUAUAAGUAGUUUCUGCCCUCAAGGAAUUUAUGAAUUUUCUUGUACAGGAGACAGUGUACACUUUGUAUAAAACAAAAAAUAACAUACUAUGAGUGAGUAUGAACAAAGCACUAUGGGAGAGUUUGGAGGAAGAGAGAUUACAUCCAUGUGGAAGAUCAGAGAUGACUUCAUGAAGAAGACAGCCAAGUGGAGUCUUAAAGAUGGUUAAAAUUUCUGCAAAUAGAGAUGCAAGUAAAAUUAUUCCAGGAUGCAGAGACUAGGUAGACGAGGUUCUAAGGUAGUAUAGAUCAAACCACAUCUAGAGGCUAGAGCCUUUGACUUGUAGAAAGAAAAAGGAACUUACAUAAUUAAAUAUCGCUGAACACAGGGUUAGAGCUAAAUAUUUAUCGAAUUAUGCAAGCAUUCAUUUAUUCAAAAGUAUUUCUUGAGUAUUUACUUGGUGCAAGUAUUGUACUAGGAAUUAGUAGUAUAUUUAUGAGGUACUCAAAGGCCCUAACAUAUAAACGCUGAAAAGUUUAAUCCUCGUUAUAUUGAUUUUUAUCAACCACAAUGUCCACCAAUCUGUGGCAACACAAGGUAUUUUACAGCUGUUAAACAGAACAUGGAUUUUAAUGCUUUUGAGAGAGAGUUGGUAUUUCCAAAUAAUAUUGUUUCUAAAUUUCAACCCAGUUGUUUCUCAUCCCAGUUCUAAUGAAAAGAAAGUGUUAGGUAGGGGAUGGGGAGACUAGCGGCUCCUUUCUGCAAGUUUUGGUUUAUGCCAGAAUUAAUUUUGUUUUAGCAUGCAUUAACUGAAAGACAAAGAAAAACAGCCUGUAAAGAGAGACACCAAUGGUGAUCUUUGGGACAAAAAGAUUUUCCUAACUGAAAAGGAAUCGCUGCAAAUUUCCUUGAACUAGCCAGCUCCCUGUACAAUUAAAAUGAUUCAGAAUGUUUCUAGAACACACUGCACUGAGAUACACCUGUACUCAUACCUUGUCCGUCAAAACAAUCUUUGUUUUCUCUCAAGCUAGGACUUGCAUUAGACACGCCUCGUGCAAUGGUGGCAAUGGGGGGGUGGGAUGGGGGGGUGAAGGUGACGAAGUGGCAGCCUGGAGGGCAUUUUCCCUUUCUCUGUCUCCCCAACCAGAAUUCUGCAGCUUCCCGCUCAGACUCACCUUCCCGCUUCUUAUUUUUCCCGCCUCGACUCUCACUGCACCCCUCUCCCAGCCCCCAUGACGCGUUCACUUUCUUAUCCGUCGGUCUUUUAGCUCUCACCCACCUCCCUCUCCGCCCUCCGCCUCGCCUCGCCCAGCGCGGUGCGCCCACCUGGGGAACUCAGCGCUGCACCAGCAGCCCGCGCGCCCCUUCGCAGCCGGGAGCUGCGGGGCAUGCGCUCUGAGGCGGCGCCGCCCUCCCCCACCCUUGCCGCGGCAGAGUUAUGCCAAGUAUGUGAGGAGCCCGAGAGGGCCAGCGUCGGUCAUGGGGAGCCGCCGCCGCCGCCGCCGCCUCCGCGAGCGCAGCUUUCUCGCGAGCGGGGCUCCGAGUUUUCCCCGCACCGGGGGCGAGCCUGGCUGCUGAGGCGGAGGGGGAUGACGGACCCUCUGAGGAAAACGUUGUCCAGGCUCCGGGGAAGACGGGGUCCCCACGCCACCGGGGGGCUCGGUCUCCGGGCGGCCGCAGCAGCCACCGUGGCGGCCUCUUCGGCUGCCGAGGGAGACGCAGGUAGUGUCCGGGACGCCCCCUCAGGCGAGCGCGCCAGCGGAGCUCGGCCGAACCUGGAGCGGCUCCCGCCGUCGCCUCAGGCGUGGGGUCCUGAGGCGGGGGUCCCGGGAGGGCAGCCGGAGAGGUCGGGGGCGCUCGGGCCUCCGCCGCGCGGCUGGAAGGAGGCCACCCCCCCGGGCCGCGGGCUCAGUCGUGCCUUUCUGUACGCCCCGUCGGGCUCCGAGGGCAGCGGAGAGGACGAGGAGGAAGACGCAGACUACUACGAGAACCUGCCGGAAGACUUCCAGCCUGCGUCCAAGCCUGAGGGGGCGGAGGCGGAGCUGUGGCCCCCGCCUCCCCUAGCCGUGGGCCCCUCCCCGGGGGCGGAGGGCGGCCGCCUGGAGACAGGCAGGCUGCAGACCCAGUUGCGAGAGGCCUAUUAUCUGCUGAUCCAGGCCAUGCACGACCUGCCCCCUGACUCCGGCGCGCGGCGGGGCGACCGGGGCUGGGCAGAUCGCGGUUGCCCUGCGGGAGCCCGGGCUCCGGGCCAGCCGCCUUCCCCCUGCGGCGCGGCGGACCGCCGAGCCUGCCCCCGAGACUGGGAGCGCGGAGGCGGCGGCUGCCCUUGGCAGCAGGUGUCCCCGCCCCGGUCGCCUCCGGGGGAGUCGGGGGGAGGCCGCCCACGGACUCCUCGGAUGCGGCUGUCCUGCAGCAGAAGUCUCGACAGCCUCCAGGUGGGUGCCAAAACGCCUCCCUUCCAGCGGUGGCCGAGCGACAGCUGGAUCUGGUGCGGUACGCGCGGGGAGCCGGACCAGCCGCCGCCACGUGGAGGCGGGAUGCACCGCUGGAGCGGAGGCAGCACCUGGGCCGCAGCGCCCUCGGGCCCCCGGCUUCCCAGAUCCGAGGACCCUGGCCGCUCCAAGGGAAGCCGCGGCAAAGGGGACGGCCAGGAAGGGCUCCCCUUCCUCAGGCCGCCCGCGGUGACAGUCAAGAAGCUGCAGAAGUGGAUGUACAAAGGACGUCUGCUGUCCUUGGGAAUGAAGGGUCGCGCCCGUAGGACACCUCCCGAUAGCACGGGUGCUCAGGCAACCUCUCCAAAUCUGGGCGCAUUGAAAAUGCGGGAAAGCCAGGUCCUGUCGGUGCCUCCAGACCAAAGAAUUACGCUGACAGAUUUAUUUGAAAAUGUCUGUGAGUCUUCGAUGAAGAGAAACGAACUUAAGGAUCUGAAGGAUAAUAUUGGCUUCAGGGGUCAUAAGCCACUUAACAGCAUCACUGUGUCAAAGAAACGCAAUUGGCUAUAUCAAAGUACUCUGAGAUCUUUUAAUUUGGAAGAAGAAAAUAGGAAAUGCAAAGAUAUAAGUCAUUUAUCUGUUUCACCUAUUUCUCUACCUAAACAGCAGCUGUCACAACCUUUUCUCAAAUCAUCUGAAGAAUAUUGUACGUAUAUGGUGUGUAAUGCUACAAAUUCUUCAUUAUCAAGAAACUGUUCAUUAGACUUUAACGAGGAAAAUGAUGCAGAUGAUGAAGGAGAAAUAUGGUACAACCCCAUUCCUGAGGAUGAUGACUUUGGUAUUUCAAAUGCCUUGAGUUUUGGUGAGACAGACUCUACUGUUCUGAAGUUUCCUGAUGUCAGUUUGAGAGUAUUAUCUGGCAGUAACCUAAUGAAAGCAGAGCAGUGCACUGAAGACUUGCUCUGCUCUUCUGAACACACCGGCGAUGUUCAGACCGCACAGUCAAAUGAGAUAAAUCCUGCAGAUUCCAUCUGUCCCACAGAGUUUGUGCAGCAGUACAAGCAAAGGCAUAGAUACAAGAUGCAAGAACGUAUAAUUAUAGAGGACAGUCCCAUGUUGAAAUCUCCUUUUUCAGGUCCUGGGAGUGUAGCUGCUACAAACAAGACUGAUUUGGGAGUUAUGGAACCGUCUUCACCAAGCCCUAGCCCAGUGAAAAAAGGCAGUUCAAUGAAUUGGUCUUUCCCAGAUAAAAUAAAAUCUCCACGAACUGUGAGGAAACUUUCCAUGAAAAUGAAAAAGUUGCCAGAACUUAGCCGAAAACUGAGUGUUAAAGGAACCUUGAAUUAUGCGAACAGUCCAGAUAAUACUCCUUCUUUGUCUAAAUGUAACUGUCAAGAGAUUCAUCAUGCUGUUAUUCUACCUUCUGGGAAUACAACCACAGCUGCUAAGAGGAAUGUGAUAAGUCGGUACCAUCUUGAUACCAGUGUGUCUUCUCAGCCCAGCUAUCAGAAGAAAACCUCCGUGAGUUCUAAGUAUUCCUGCAAAGGUGGUUACCUCAGUGAUGGAGAUUCACCUGAACUGAUAGCCAAAUCUAGCAAAUAUGGAUCUGAAAACAAAUUUGCAAAAGGAAAAGACAUAAUUCCAAAUAGCGGCAGCAAGAAUGAAAUAGACAUUGAUGCUUUUAGACAUUACAGCUUUUCUGAUCAACCUAAGUGUUCACAGUACAUAUCUGGGCUCAUGAGUGUGCACUUCUAUGGUGCUGAGGAUUUAAAACCACCUCGGAUAGACUCAAAAGAUGUCUUUUGUGCAAUUCAGGUAGAUUCAGUGAACAAAGCCAGAACAGCUUUGCUCACAUGUCGAACAACGUUUUUAGACAUGGAUCACACUUUCAACAUAGAAAUUGAAAAUGCACAGCAUUUGAAAUUAGUAGUGUUUAGUUGGGAACCCACUCCAAGGAAAAACCGAGUGUGUUGUCAUGGAACUGUUGUUCUUCCCACUUUAUUCCGAGUGACAAAGACACAUCAACUGGCUGUCAAACUUGAACCUAGAGGACUUAUUUACGUGAAAGUGACUCUUUUGGAACAGUGGGAGAAUUCACUUCAUGGGCUAGAUAUAAAUCGAGAGCCAGUAAUAUUUGGUGUUGAUAUUCGAAAAGUUGUAGAGAAAGAAAAUAUAGGCUUGAUGGUACCACUCCUGAUUCAGAAAUGUAUUAUGGAAAUUGAAAAGAGAGGCUGUCAGGUAGUAGGCCUAUACCGAUUAUGUGGCUCGGCAGCAGUCAAGAAAGAACUUCGAGAGGCUUUUGAGAGGGAUAGCAAAGCUGUUGGUCUGUGUGAAAGCCAAUACCCAGAUAUAAAUGUAAUAACAGGUGUUCUUAAGGAUUAUUUAAGAGAACUUCCUUCUCCUCUGAUAACAAAGCAGCUUUAUGAAGCUGUAUUAGAUGCAAUGGCAAAAAAUCCUUUGAAAAUGUCAUCAAAUGGUUGUGAGAAUGAUCCAGGUGAUUCUCAGUACACUUUUGGCCUUCUGGAUUGUCUGCCUGACGUUGAGAAGGCAACUCUAAUGAUGUUGUUGGAUCAUUUGAAAUUGGUGGCUUCUUAUCAUGAUGUGAAUAAGAUGACCUGCCAAAACUUGGCUGUGUGCUUUGGACCAGUAUUAUUAAGUCAGAGGCAAGAAACUUCCACCCAUAACAACAGAGUCUUUACUGAUUCCAAGGAACUUGCGACUGCUUUGGAUUUUAAAAAACAUAUUGAAGUUCUUCACUACUUACUUCAACUCUGGCCAGUGCAACGUUUAACUAUCAAAGAAUCAGCAGACAAUUUGUUCCCAAAGCAGAAGUCUUCUCUGAAUUAUUUGAGGCGGAAGAAAGAACGACCUUACUUGUUAAAUUUAAGUGGUACUGAAUCAUCAAGAGUACUCAGGCCAAGGCAAACCAGACUAGACAGUCCACUCAGUAAUCGUUACGCAGGAGACUGGAGCAGCUGUGGAGAAAACUACUUUUUAAAUACGAAAGAAAAUUUAAAUACUGUGGAUUAUGAUGAUGUCCCUUCAGAAGACAGAGAAAAUGGAGAAAACUGUAGCAAAAUAUAUGAGCCAGAUAUCAUGACUGAACAGCCAACUCCUCUGUCCAAAGAGUGCACAUUUCAGACGUAUUUGACAGUGCAGUCAAUUGAGUCUAGAGUGGACAGAAAAGUCAAUCUCAAAGAUCUGCAAGAAAGUAUUGAUACUUUGAUUGGAAAUCUAGAGAGUGAACUCAACAAAAACAAGCUUAAUAUGAGUGUUUAAGGUUGAGAGUUUUUGCUUAUUCAUAACGUCUUAUGUUUCACAUCCAUCUUUCUCACUUUCUUGUAUCUCUCACAGUGAUGUUUUAAAUUUUUUACUCUUGAAACCUUCAGUUAUUUUCUAACAAGUUCAUGUAAUUCAAAAAACACCAUCCAUUACCAUAGUUUUUACUUAUUUCAUUAGGAAGUUUUUCUUGAGGUAAAGAUAACCUGGACUUCUUGUGGGUAUUUCUUGCCAAUGCUAUGGGUAUAAGUUUAAAAUGCACUUCUAAGGUUCAUAUAAGUUAUUAGCCCCUCAAGACUUUUGUACUUUAUAGAAACUGCUUUUCUGAAACAGACAUUCCUUCCACUGGAAGGAAUGCAGCUGCUCCGUCUGAUUUGCAGUAUGAAUCCACGCACACUGCAACAUCGUUCCAUCACAUUUCGUUCACAAUGCAAAUGCUGCUGUAAGAAAACCUUUUUAUAAAUUUUUACUUUUUAUAAAGUAAAAUUAUACAAAUAUUAAUGUAUUCUGUGUUAACAUUCAGUAAUUAUUUAAACUUAAAAAAUAAGUAUUUUUGUAAGCCCCAAUAUAUGUAUAUAUUUAUCAGCGCAUAUAUGUACAGAUAUUAGAAUAGGGGGAAGGAUUGGCUGCAAAAUCACGUGUAUCUUUAAAGUAUAUGUCAUAAGGCCAAAAUCAUUAGCUUAAAAAUGUCUUUUUCAGGGAAAGAACAUUUAAGUUAAAGGAGGAGUUGCAUAGAAACACUUGAACCAAAACACUAGGAACAUCUAAAUAGAAAAAAUAAGACUUUCAUUUUUGACUUACAGAAAGUCACAGUAUCCCCAGUGAGAGGUCAUCCUUUAAAUUGAAAUCUUCUAACAUUUUAAAGGAUUAAGUGCCAAGAUUUCUGCACUGGUGACUUAAAUUUAAAAAUCUUUACCUAUUUAUGCAUUUUUAUCUUCUGCUUUUUAAAUCAAAGUAAUUAUACUUAGAACAUAUUUAUUUGUAAUAGUACAUAUAUAACUUUGACUUUAUAAUUACCUUCAUUUAUUUCUAAAGAAAUCUUGCCAGGAUACUAUGUUAUUGAUUUUUAAAAAUUAACUUAUUUUGACUAAUUUUAUCUACAAGACAGUCAUUAUAGCAAUCACAACAGUGUUUGAAAAUGUAAAUUUAGAAGUCUUUUUUAUUAAAUUGGAAUGUAUUUUUUGUAAACUUUUAUACCUACAGAAUGUAUAAUUUAAAAUUAUUAACAAAAUUUGAACUACCAACUUAAAGAUGUAGCAACCAUUACAAAAACUGACUUCUUGAUGUUUUUUAAAAUAUUAAAGUAUUUAACUUUCUAUGCAAUAUACAUUGGUAAAUGGAAUACCAAGUAAUUUAAUUUGGAAAUUUACUUGGUAAAAGUCAGAUAAAUAACUAUUUUUAUAUGAAACUUUCAUUUUUAAAGCUUUAUAUAAUAAUUCAGAAAAAUGCCAAAAGAAUAUGUGACAGAUAUAUAUUAUUGAGUAAAUGGUCAAAAGAAAUGUACCCUAAAUAUUUUGUAAGAAGACUGUCUCAGUCUUUCUUUUGAGUGCUAUAUCACAUACCUUAUAUAAAUUAGUGCCAGAAAUGUAAAAGCUUUAUUAAAACAUUAUAACCUCGGUA